CGGGAUCUGCGGUCGUGAGGCGGCUUGGCGGGAUAUCGCUGCCUGUGCCCUCAACUUAACAUGUUGGUGCUGCUUCUCUGCGUCUUGUCCGCGGCAAGUCUACCUGCACAUUCCCUCGUCGAGAGAAAUGAUGCUCCGAUCAUCGGUAUACUGACUCAGGAGACCAGUAGACUCCCGCCAAACAUGACGAGUUAUCUAGCCGCCUCUUACGUUAAGUACGUGGAGUCCGCAGGAGGAAGAGUUGUCCCCAUCACGAUCAACCAGUCAUUGGAGCAUUAUACCAGCCUCUUCAACUCCCUGAAUGGCGUCAUUUUCCCAGGUGGUGCGUCCAACCUUAUUACAUCGGGUUACGCUCAGUCUGCAAAGAUAUUCUACCAGCUGGCUCUGGAGGCCAACACCAGAGGGGACUAUUUCCCCAUAUGGGGCACGUGUCUGGGCUUUGAAGAGCUCACCUACCUGACCAGUGGGAGGCUGCUGCUCAAUCUCACCAACACCAGAGGAAUACCUUUACCCAUGGUCUUCACCAACGAUCCCCGGCAGAGCAGGAUGUUCGGAGGGUUCCCGCCAGAUCUGUUGGAUGACAUGGCCGCCGAGCCGAUAUCAGCCCACGUCCACAAGUGGAGCGUCACGUCUGAUGUCUUUGAAAAUUCCACAGAGCUGAACAUGUUUUACAGAGUUCUCUCUGUAAACAGUGACGAAACAACAGAAUUUGUGUCGACUAUGGAAGCGUACAAUUACCCCAUCUAUGGAACCCUUUGGCACCCUGAGAAAAACGCCUUUGAGUGGACCCGGGACUACAUCCCCCACUCACCAGCUGCCAUCAAAACCACCUUCUUCAUGGCCGACUUCUUUGUCAACGAGGCGAGGAAGAAUUUCCACAAGUUCAACAACAAGACAGAAGAGGACAGCAGACUGAUAUACAACUAUAGUCCCCUAUACUCCUCUCCCGGAGGUUCUGUGUUUGAGCAAAAGUACUAUUUCCCUUAAGAUCUACAUGUAGGCCUAUAUACACCCCACUCUAAUAUAUAGUGCCCUGAUAGAUGUAAUCAUAAUAGAAGAAAAACUCUCUUCUUAUGAAAAAUAAAGCAAUGUU